CUUGGAGAGUCAUAUCCGUUUUUGUAGAGUGGGGUGUUUGGGGGGGUUUUACAACAUUUUUAUUUUACUCCUUGGGUGGAGCAAUCAUACACCAUUUUCAUUGAAAUCCACGAAGAUCCUCCAAAUAUUCUUGUUGAAGUUGCCUCUGCACCAGUAUUAACUUUCCAUUUUUUUCGUCAAAUUCACUGCUUUUUCACAAAUCAAUCACUUGAUUAAGAAGAAACCAAGUGGAAUUCUGUUUGGUUAAUUGAUAUCGAAAGGAAAUGUCGGAAGUGACGUGCUGUGAGACGGAAUUCUUUCUGUAUUUGAUGGUAAUCGUCGGUCUGGUAGCGUUUGCAGGGAUGAUGGCAGGUCUAACGCUUGGACUCAUGUCCCUUGGACUCGUCGACCUUGAAGUUCUCAUCCAGUCCGGUCGCCCUAAAGAUCGCAUACAUGCUUCUAAAAUAUUCCCAGUGGUAAAGAAUCAACAUCUACUGCUUUGUACACUCUUAAUUGGCAAUGCUUUAGCAAUGGAGUCUCUUCCAAUUUUUCUGGAUAAACUUGUUCCUCCAUGGGCUGCAGUUCUGAUAUCAGUGACAUUAAUCUUGAUGUUUGGAGAGAUAAUGCCACAAGCAGUUUGUACACGUUAUGGCUUAACAGUUGGAGCAACACUUGCACCUUUUGUUCGUGUCCUCUUAUGGUUGUUCUUUCCUAUUGCUUAUCCUAUUAGCAAGGCUUUAGAUUGGAUGUUGGGAAAAGGGCAUGCUGCCCUUCUUCGUAGGGCGGAGUUGAAAACUUUUGUGGAUUUUCAUGGCAAUGAGGCUGGAAAAGGAGGAGAUUUGACACAUGAUGAAACUACCAUUAUUGCUGGAGCACUUGAGUUGACUGAAAAAACUGCAAAAGAUGCCAUGACUCCUAUAUCCAAAGCAUUUUCCCUUGAUCUUGAUGGAACUCUUACUUUGGAUACAUUAAAUGCAAUUAUGACAAUGGGUCACAGUAGAGUUCCUGUUUAUUCUGGAGACAGAACAAAUAUUAUCGGAAUUAUCCUGGUUAAGAAUCUGUUAGCAGUUGAUCCAGACGAUGCAGUUCCCAUUAGAAAAAUGUUAUUAAGAAAAGUUCCAAGGGUUACAGACAACAUGCCUCUUUAUGAUAUGUUAAACGAAUUCCAAAAAGGGCAUAGUCAUAUUGCUGUUGUAUACAAAGACCUCAAAAAAUCCAAGCAAACAGAGAAAAGUGCCAACAAAGCAAGUUUAGAUGACGUGGAAAGUGAUGGAGAUGAGAAUAUGGUAAAGAGAAGUCCACCUUCAACUCCUGCUUUCAAGAAGAGACAUAGAGGUUGCUCUUUUUGUAUACUGGAUUUGGAUUCGAAUCCGAUUCCAAAAUAUCCAUCAAAUCAAAUUGUGGUUGGAGUGAUUACAAUGGAAGAUGUCAUUGAAGAGCUUCUUCAGGAGGAGAUAUUGGAUGAAACGGAUGAAUAUGUAAACAUCCACAACAGAAUACGGAUCAACAUGAAUGCAUCACAAGAGAACCUUCUGGAUCCUCAUCCCAUAGCAAAAUGAGAAAAGGUAAAACCGAGUAAAAUAUAGAAUCCGGUAAUUUGUACUUAAUGCAGUAAAAGUUGUGCAUUACUACCAUUAAAGUAGCUUUUGACAAAACAAAACCAACUACUUUUGUUUUAUAUGAUAUUAAAAGGGGAAAUAUCGUGUUGUGUUGUAA